AUGGAGACUCAACAAUUUGUUUGUAUACAUUGUGGAAGUUACCUUCCCUCGUUAUACGAAAAAUAUGGGAGCUCGCAUAUUCGAUUAUCUGUUUGCCAUCAUUGCAACAACAUUGCUGAUAAGUACAUUGAAUAUGAUAAUGUUUUGUUGUUUUUGGACUUAAUUCUCAUAAAACCAAAUGCUUAUAGGCACACAAUAUACAAUGUUUUUAUGGCUUCGGGAUCUGACCCCUGCCGUGAAAUGAUUCAAAAACGUAAGCCGGACAAACAAGAAACAGUACCAUCAACCAAUGCACUUGAUGGACGUUCGUGUAAUGAAAGAUCAUUCUCUUUGCUACCUCUGAUUUUUAGACUUACUAUUCUCAUGAUACUGUUUGAAGUUUAUGUAACAUGGGCAUAUCAAGAGAAAAGUUUUGUUGAUAAUCCGGACCAAACCUCAUUGAUUGUUUCAAUGGUUUUGAGGGGACCUAAUCAAUACAUUUUCUUUCUAACAUCGACCCUUCUGCAAAAUAUCACUCUAUGCCUCAGUCUAGCAUAUUUCGGUCUUAAGUGGUUACCAUUCUCAGAAGGUACAGUUUUAUCAUCAUUUGUUAGCAAAUCGCAAAAUACAGACUUUAUAUCUGCACAAUCUACUAUUUCUCUGGCGCAAAUCGAGGAUAACUCACUGAAAUUACAGAUCCCAAACACCCAAAUCAAUACCUAUAAUGAGGAAAAGGUGCUUGAUCCAAUAAUUUAUUCCCCAAAAAUCACCUUCAAAAGGCUUUUCAAAAUUAUGGCAAUCACCACGUUGAUAUCAAACAUAAUUAAGUUGUUUCCAAUUGUUAUGUUGAUUUGGCCCUAUGAUUCGCCUAUACUGCAUGCCACUCGAUUUUUUGUGAGAAUAGUUCACAUUUAUUUGCUGAUUGAAGCCGUUCAUAUUGUCUUUAUUGAUACAAAAAACACACGUCAAAAAUACAAUCGUAGGUGGGCAAUGAUAAAAGGCGUUCCUAAUACACAAUUCCAGUCCUCGAGUGAUUAUUAUAGAAUAGCUGCCAUUGUGAUACUUAGUGAACUUUCAACAAUUGUUAUCUCUAAUUCAAUCAUUGCAAUUAUUGCCUCUUUAUGUUGUGGAGUAGGUAUUUCUGAUAUAGGAAAAGACUACUUGAAGAUGUUCAGUGUUGGAGUUAAAAUGCUUAAAGAAUUGAUGGAAUACACAUUAGGUGAGUUCUAA